CCUGGAGCCCCUGAUUCUUGAACGGGCCCUUGGAAAUGGCAAUGGGCAAUGGUGCUCAUAAACAUGCCCUGUCCCGGUCUGGCUCCCGCCUCCCGCUUGCCGCCUCCCAUCCUCCACCCCUCUCUUCGUCGCCGUUGCGUUGUUGCCCCUAGUUAGUAGUCCGUCCGCAGUAGACUCUUGUCGGCAUCCGCAUCAUGCACUGGUCAACUGCUCUUCUCGGUGCCGUGGCCCUGGCAGGCUCUGCCGCUGCCCAGGACACCUACACUUACACCGAUGGCGAGGGGAGAACCUUCCUCGGCUACACCAACACCGCCGGCAUCCGCUACGGCAUCGCCAUCGCCGAGGGUGCCAUCGAGGGCGCUUAUGAUGCCAUGAUCCAGAUCACAGCCCCCAACAGCAUCGGCUGGGCUGGUCUAUCAUGGGGUGGCAGUAUGACCUACAGCCCCUUGGCCGUCGUCUGGCCCAACGGUGACGACGUUCAGGUUUCUUCCCGCAUAGCCUUUGGUUACUCGUUGCCUUCCCUCUACUACGACGCCACCUACUUCUUCCUCCCGGGCUCCGGCACCAACGAAACCCACUUCACUGCCACCGCCCUGUGCAUGGGCUGUACCUCUUGGACCCCGCCCGGCGCCGGCCCCAUCGACCUCGACCCGAACGGCGAGAACACUCUCGCCUUCGCCUACUCCACCAGCCCCGUCACCGACCCCGACGACAUCGACACCACCUUCGGCCGCCAUGACGCCCACGGACGCUGGUCUCCCGACUUCUCCCAGGCCCAGCAUCCCGACUUUUACGACUGGUUCGAAGACAUCGAGUUCCCCUGCCCCACCGUACCCCCUCCCACCAGCUCGGUCCCGGCAUCGACCAGCUCCAUCCCCAUCCCGACCCCGUCCGACGACCCGGCGGACCCGGACCCCCUCCCGGUCCCCAGCUCCUGCCCCGGCGUGAGCAGUUUCCGCUCCGGCUUCGGCGUCGCCAACGGCUGGAGGGCCGUCAAGCUCGCCGGCAACCUCCGCACCCCGCGCGGCAUCGUCCUCGACACCAGGGGCAACCUCCUCGUCGUGGAGUCCGGCCUCGGCGUCACCGUGCACACCUUUGGCCCCGACGGCUGCUUCGCCUCGAGCAAGACCCUCAUCUCCAACGCGGCCCUGAACCACGGCAUCGGCCUGACCGCCGACGGCAGGACCCUGUACGUCACCUCCAUGACCACCGCCUUCGAGUACAGCUACGACCCCGUCGCCCAGACCGUCAGCAGCGAGCGCAUUGUCGUCACGGGUAUGAUUCAGGGUGGUCACCCCACGCGCGCCCUCAUUAUCCCGCCUGCGUACCCUCACCUUCUCGUCAUCUCCCUCGGCUCGUAUGACAACAUCGACCAUCCUACCAUUGAUCCUUCGGUCGGUCGCGCUAUUGUGAAGGUCUUCGACAUGCGCGACGUGCCUCAGGGCGGGUACCGGUAUAAUACCCAGGGAUACCUUCUCGGGUACGGUCUUCGGAAUGGUGUGGCCCUGGCGGCUGAUGGUAAUAGCCACAUCUGGGAGGUCGAAAAUGGAGCCGAUCAGUUCCAGCGCACCGUCAACGGUCAAUCUUAUGACAUUCACGCCGACAACCCGGCCGAAGAACUCAACUAUCUCGGAGACCCCUCAGUCGAGAACCCAAACUGGUACGGCUACCCGACCUGCCACACCAUCUUCGGCGCCGAACAGCUGACGGACGCCCAAUUCCAAACGGGCGACCAAUUCGUCCUCGCCCCGAACGCGACCUUCAGCGACGCCGACUGCGUCCGCCGCGGCUCCGUGCCCGCCCGGCUGAGCUUCCAAGCCCACACGGCCCCGAUGGACGCCGCCUUCGACCGCGACUUCGAGAACCUCUUCAUCACCUUCCACGGCUCCUGGAACCGGCCCCAGGCCACGGGAUACAAGGUCGUCCAGGUGCCCUACACCCGCAACGGCCAGGGCCUGUACGAGCCCGUCGACCCGCCCAACAGCCGCACCGCCGCGAGGGAUAUCUUCUGGAGCGAGAACGAGUCGAGCUGCUCCAGCUUUACGUGUUUCCGGCCUUGCGGGAUUGUCUUUGACCGGGCUUACUCGCGGUUGUUUGUUGCGAGCGAUCGGCCUGCCGAGGGUGAGCUGUUCAUGCUUGCGCGGGUUUGAUGGAACCAGACUGGUCCUUUUGUGUAGUGGACUGCGGGAGAGAGAAGAGAAACGAAGUCGGAGAAAGGGAAUGAGUUGUGAGAGAGGUGGAUGAGAGACGAGAGAGUGGCGAAUAGCGAUGGGUGUAUUUUGAACACUAUGAGCUGUCCGAGGAAUUACAGUCUGUAUAUUUCUGAGAUGCUACAUAGCGCCUUGCUAUAUCCGAGAAAAAAGAAGAAAAAAAAGGCCGGGCAUCCAUUGACGGAGUUCACGCCUUCUCGUUGACGAU